AGAAAAAAAAGAAAGAGAAUCCCUUGAAACUAUCAUAUAGCCAUGAAGACUGUGCUACCAUGGACCACGAUUUGGAUCGUGAUCUCAUGGUACGGUUCGAACAUUGGGGUCCUCCUUUUAAACAAGUACUUGCUCAGCAACUGCGGGUUCAAGUACCCCAUUUUCUUGACCAUGUGUCACAUGCUUGCCAGCUCUUUGCUAAGCUACGUAGCCAUAGCAUGGCUCAAGGUGGUUCCCAUGCAAACCAUCAGCUCCAUCAAGCAGUUCGUCAAAAUCGCAGUGUUGAGCUUGGUUUUCUGCUUUUCAGUUGUUCUCGGAAACGUCUCGUUACGGUAUCUCCCCGUGUCGUUUAACCAGGCCAUUGGUGCCACGACGCCCUUUUUCACAGCGGUUUUCGCGUAUCUUAUGAUGAAGAAGAUGGAGAGUUGGGUUACAUACGCGACACUCAUACCUGUGGUUGCUGGAGUCGUCAUUGCUAGUGGGGCUGAACCAAGUUUCCAUGUUUUCGGAUUCAUAAUGUGUGUUUCAGCAACUGCUGCAAGGGCGUCUAAGUCUGUGCUUCAGGCUAUUUUGCUGUCAUCAGAAGAGGAAAACCUAAACUCAAUGAAUUUGCUUAUGUACAUGGCACCAAUAGCAGUGGCGAUAUUGCUUCCAGCCACAGUGUUGAUGGAGAGAAAUGUGAUUGGGGUAACAGUGGAUCUUGCAAGAAAAGAUAUGAGAAUAAUAUAUUACCUGAUUUUCAAUUCUUCGCUUGCGUAUUUGGUGAACUUGACCAACUUUUUGGUCACUAAACAUACAAGUGCAUUGACUCUCCAGGUGCUGGGAAAUGCAAAAGGCGCUGUUGCUGUGGUGGUCUCCAUUAUCAUAUUCAAGAACCCCGUUUCAUUUAUGGGGAUGUUGGGUUACUCCUUAACAGUUCUUGGAGUUUUUCUUUAUAGUGAAUCCAAGAAGGGAAAUAAAUGAUUUUCACUUACUUUCUAUAAAACUCAUUUAUGUUCAUUUGUUAUGGUCGGGGUUCGCUC